AUGAAAACUAAUGAAAGAUUUGAAGUACAAGGGGCAGCAAUUCAAAAUCUGGAGAAGCAAGUGGGGCAGAUUGCAACAAUAUUAUCUGAGAGAAUCCCAGGCGCUAUUAAUUUUGAUAAGUCUUUAUGUGAUGAUGGUGCCUCAAUUAAUUUAAUGCCUCUGUCUAUUUACAGGAAACUGGAGAAUGAGAUCGGAGAGAUAAGGUCUACACCAAUAUCAUUGCAGCUGGUAGACCAAACAACUCUAAUACCUGCGGGGAUAGUUGAAGAUAUCUUAGUUCGGGUAGAUAAGUUCAUAUUUCCUAUAGAUUUUAUAGUGGUGAUGAUGGAGGAGAACAAGGAGGUCCCUCUCAUCUUAGGAAGACCAUUUUUAGCAACGGGUAGGGUAAUAUUAGAUAUACACGAGAGAAAAUUCAUGCUUAGAGUGGGUGAGGAACAAGUGACUUUUAAGAUGGAUGUAGAAAAAAAGGAGAAGCCAGCUGCAAGUGUGAGUGAAAAGUGA